CUUCGCGCAUGCGCACACCAGUGUAAAGACUGCGCUAACCGCCUAGCUUCUGGGUUCUGCUCUGCGCUUUUGUUGAAAAUAUUUUAAACAAACUCCGUGUUACGUCCACAGUUCCUAAGCAGCUGGGUUGUCGAGACCGAGGCGUAAAAGAAUAUGCCCAAAAAUAAAGGUAAGGGAGGAAAAAACCGGCGACGUGGAAAGAACGAGAAUGAGUCUGAAAAGAGAGAGCUGGUGUUCAAGGAGGACGGACAGGAGUACGCUCAGGUGAUUAAGAUGUUGGGGAACGGACGCCUGGAAGCCAUGUGCUUCGAUGGCACCAAGCGCCUUUGCCACAUCAGAGGAAAACUCCGGAAAAAGGUUUGGAUCAACACGUCAGACAUCAUCCUGGUCGGGUUGAGGGAUUACCAGGAUAACAAAGCUGACGUCAUCCUCAAGUACAACGCAGACGAGGCUCGCAGCUUGAAAGCAUACGGGGAGCUGCCAGAGCACGCUAAAAUCAAUGAGACGGACACCUUUGGGCCCGGAGACGACGACGAGAUCCUGUUUGAUGACAUUGCAGACGACGACGACGACAUUGAUGAUAUCUAAAGAGCUGCUUCAGGAGGGAAAGGCGGGAAUCGAUUCAGCGCAUUUUUUCACAUUGGCUGACGUCCAAUGUCCAAUAAAGUAAAUUCAGAUACAGUAUGUUUAUUCCAGUUUUUAGAAGUCUGGGCUCUUUUGUUUCAUUUGAGAUGGCGUACAGCCCAUCAGUACUUUGGUUUGUUGUGGUCUGGAGCUGCUGUGCAGCAGCUUCUCACGGUGAUUCCUCCCAGUUUGAAAGAACGUUUUGAACCACCUGCUGUCUCCUUUUAUUGAUUUGGAUCCACUUUUCAUUUUAUUCACAUCACUGUUUGACGCUGCUGCUGGAGACGGUGGUUCUGGAUGUCUGCUCAUCCACUCUGUGGGAGUAAAACACUUCAGCAUCUCUGGAUUCACUAAUAAAAUAGAAGGUUUUCUGUUUUCUGUUUGUACGUCUCCAGCCUGUUUUUAGCAACACAAAGAAAGUCACGUUUUUUGUUUCUGGGUUUCUGUGUUCCUGUCUGGCAUUUUGGACUGAAGCAUGGCUAAAUGAAGCGGAUCCUUCUGCCUCCUGGUGUGAAGGACCAUCAGAACCUAAGUGUCCGUGUGUGUUUUUCUGCGCUGCCCACUCUUAGACUCAGUCAAACCCGGCCUGGUGGGGCGCUCUGUCUCAGAACAGGGCUUCCCAGAGUGUCCCGCCACCCACAUGCCCGCCAGUGACGCCGCGUUUGGGCGCCAUCCGUCUUAAAGGCCUUUAGAGCAGAAAUGUAAAUGUCGUCUUUCCCUUCCUCCCGCCAGCAGUCGGUGACGCUGUGCUCUGUCCCUCACAGCCUGUAGCUGCUCUUCCUGUAACUGAAACAAUAAUGUAAGAUGAUGUUUGAAGGCCAGACUCACAUUAAAGAUCUGAAUUCCA